AUGAAAAAAUUAAUUGUCUUCUUGACAUUACUAUUUGUUAUAGCAAACACUUAACAUGGAACUCUGGUUACUCAUUAUGAUUUAGAAGGUAAUUUAUUAUCUGAGGAAAUUAUGGCUCCAAUAGAAGAUGAAAUAACCUAUUAUGAUAGCAAUGAAUUAUCAAUAGAUUCAAGCAAUGAUUUAAAAACUUAAGAUGAUCCAAAUUAAAUCUCAACAGAGGAAGGCUAAUACUCUGAGUCAAAUGAUUUGACAAUAGAAAACAUAUUGCAACCAGUGGAAUCAAAUUAACAAUCAAAUAAUUUGAUAGGGUCUUCAUUUGAGAUUUAACCUGUUGUAAAUUAACAACCUAAAAUAGAAACAUCAAUAGAUUAAUAUCUUUAAUAAGAAUAAGAAUUAGAUAGACAAUAAAAUUUGCAGGAAGACCAUAACCAUUAAAAUAUAGAUAAUAUUAAAUAAAAAUAAGAAGUUCCUGGAUUUAAGGUUUCUUAGGAAAAAGAUGUUUAAGAAUAAGAUUUUUUAUCUCCUCAGAAAGAAGAGAUGUAGCUUUAACCUGUUGUUGUGACUUAAAAUUAAGUUAUCGACUUAUAACAAGAUCCUAAUUAGUAGAUUAAUAUUAGCAAUACAUCAAAUGAAUAAUAAAUAUCUGAUUUAUAACAGCAACAAUAAAAUUAAGAGAAUCAAUUGAAUUUAAGACAAUCUGAAUAAAAAUAAACAAAUGUUAAUACAAAUCCCACACAGAAUAAAAUCAUUUAAGAUAUGCCUAUUUAGGAAUAAAUCAUAAUUUAAUCAGGUAAUGAAAUUCAUGCGCUUCCAGAUUCAUUGAAUUCAUUACAAGAAAACUAAGUAAAAUAAUAACCGAGAGAAAACUAAUAAAAUAUGCCUCUUGAAGAAUAAAUAAUAAAUUAAUCAAAUAAUGAAGUUCAUGCACUUUCAGAUUCCUUAAAUUCAUUAUAAGAAAAUUAAGUAAAAUAAUAAGAGCAAAUAAAUAUUUAAGAAAUUAACACAGAUGAUUAAAUUUAAAUUACAUAAAAUUUUGGUAGAAUUAUGUAAGAUAUGAUUCCAGAAUCAGAUGAAGACAUCAUUAUUUAGGAUCCUCAAGAAGAAGAAGGAAAAUCAUUAGCAACAUAAACAUCUUAAAUUGAAGAAGACAUUAAAUUUAAUAAUGAGGAUGAAUAACAAUAUAAUGUUGAAGUAACAUAAUAAAAAGUUUUAAAUGAUAAAUAAGAAAAUUAAACAACUAAAACAUAAGAAAAUAAAAAGAUAGAAUAAGAAGAACAAAGUAAUGUAUAAGAAAUCACUCAAGAGUUAACUUAAGCAAAAAGAGAAAUACCUGAGGAUUAAUUAUAACAAAUUGUAACUUCAGAAGAGAAGAAUGUUAAUGAAAAUUAAGUAACCAGAACAAUAAAUAAUCCUUUUGAAGAUGAUGGCUUAAAGCUCUCUAGUGAAGUCAUUCAAGAUAAAUGCAUAAUAAUUUACUCAUAAUGUGAGUAUUAAGGUUUUGCUUUAGAAGUUUGCGAUAGUCUAAAGGAUAUUGAGUAUUAUGUUAAUCAGUAUUUUCGAUAGGAAAUUUAAACACAAAAUAAAAUCGAUCUACAUACCAUAAGGUUAUGGACUGACAAUAUUCUAAAAUUAGAACUUUAAUGGGUAGAGCCAUCGAUAUACUUCUUCUUAAAGAUGUCUUGAGAGAGAAGUAUCCUUUAUUCAACUCCAGAUAGAUUAAACAAUUUUAUUAAAACACUAAAAUCUAAGAGGAUAAAAUUGAAG